AUGAGCGUAGACUUGGAAGAGAAGCAGAAGAUCUGUGACAUCAAGGCCAAGGAGUGCGAAGAGCUGCUGAAGGUGAUCACGGCGGAGCGGUCCAAGGCGGACGCGCAGCAGGCGCAGGUUGAGGCGGACUCCAUCCGUAUCGAGAAGGAGGCCAAGGAGACCAAGAUCUUGGCGGAUGACGCCACCCGUGACCUGGAGAAGGCGAUGCCAGCGCUGGACGCCGCAGAGGACGCCUUGGACAAGUUGGACAAGAAGUCCAUCGCUGAGGUCAAAGCCUACGCCAAGCCACCAGAGGCUGUGAUGAAGACCAUGUGCGCCGUGAUGACCGUCAUGGAGAAGACACCCUCUUGGGGUCAGGCCAAGACGGAGCUCAACGACACCAACUUCCUGGUGAGGAUCAAAGGCUUCGACAAGGACAACAUCAAGGACACGACGCUGCGGAAGAUCGAGAAGUUCACCAAGGACUCCAACUUCACUCCAAAGCUCGUGUCCAACGUGUCGUUGGCGGCGGGUGCUCUGUGCCAAUGGGUCCACGCCAUGAAGAUCUACGCGGAGAUCUACCGAGAAGUGGAGCCCAAGAGGAACAAGCUGCGGCAGGCGCAGGAGAAGUUGGAGUCCAAGCAGAAGCAGCUCAGGGAGGCCAACGCGGAGCUGAAGAAGGUGCAGGAGAUGGUCAAGGGCUUGAACGAUCAAUUCAACUCCUCCAACAACGAGAAGGAGACGCUGGCGCGCACCGCCGAGGAGCUCAAGGUGAAGUUGGAGCGUGCAGGCAAGUUGGUGGACGGCCUAGCGGGCGAGAAGGUGAGGUGGACGGACUCCCUGGGGAAGUUCGACAUCCAGCAGGAGUGCCUCUUCGGGGAUUGCCUGGUCUCCGCGGCCUUCAUGAGCUACGCGGGGCCCUUCGGGGCCUCCUACCGCAACGAGCUGGUCACCGAGGAGUGGAUGGCCAGCGUGAAGGAGAAGGAAGUGCCGUACACCACCAGCUACACCUUUGCCAACUUCCUGGCAAAGGCCACGGAGGUGAGAGAGUGGAAUUUGCAGAAGCUGCCAGCAGACGACUUCAGCACGGAGAAUGGCGUGUUAGUGACCAAGAGCAGGCGCUUCCCGCUGAUGAUCGACCCCCAGAACCAGGCCAAUGCCUGGGUCCGGAAGAUGGAGGAGACGCGGCAGCUGAAGGUCUUCGACCCGAACUCCAAGGACAUCAUGAAGUCACUGGAGCGCGCCAUCGAGUUCGGAAGCCCUGUGCUCCUGGAGAACGUGGGCGAGGAGCUGGAUCCAUCGCUGGAGCCGAUCUUGGCCAAGAACAUCAUCGACAGCGGCGGGGGCAGCCUUUCUCUCAAGGUAGGCGACAACGUGCUGGACUACAACGCCGCCUUCAUGUUCUACAUCACCACCAAGCUUUCCAACCCCCACUAUACCCCAGAGGUGUCCACCAAGACCACCAUUGUGAACUUCAUCGUGGUGCUGGACGGUCUCACCAACCAGCUGCUGGGCGUCAUCGUGAGGUCUGAGGACUCGCGCUUGGAGGAGGACAAGAACCGCCUGCUCUUUCAGGUGGCCAAAGGUCGCAACCGCUUGGUGGAGCUGGAGAACGAGAUUCUGCGCUUGCUGGCGGAGACCAAGGGCUCUCUGCUGGAUGAUCUCAGCCUGAUCGACACGCUACAGGAAUCCAAGGUCACCAGUAUGCGGACCACAGAGCAGGUCGCCCACGCGGAGCAGAACAUGAUCAAGAUCGACGGGCAGCGGGAGAACUACCGUCCCGCGGGCCUGCGCUCCGCGGUCUUGUACUUUGUGCUGAACGAUCUGGUUGCCAUCGAUCCCAUGUACCAGUUUGCCUUGGCUGCCUAUGAGCAUCUCUACAUCCAGAGUAUUGAGAAGAGCGCUGAGAAGAAGAUCAAUGUGGGAGGCGUGGAAGAGCGCAUCGAGGACUUGAACGCCUUCCACGCGCUCGCGGUGUACAAGUACGGCUGCCGUGCCAUCUUCGAGCGCCACAAGCUGCUGCUCUCGUUGCAUCUUUGCGCGCAGGUGUUGAAGUACUCCAACGACCUCAAUGAGACCGAGUUCUCCUUCUUCCUCUUCGGUGGGCAAGUCUUUGACCGGAGCGGUCAGCCGCCCAAUCCGUCCCCGGAUUGGAUCAACCAGAGUAUGUGGGACAACGUCGUGGAAGCUGACGGCAAGUUGGACUCCUUCAAAGGCUUCCAGACCUCCCUGGAGCAGUCGCUGCGAGACUGGAAGAAGUGGUACAGCGGAUCCGAGCCGGAGAAAGACAACCUGCCCGGGGAGUGGCACGAGCGCUUGGACCCGCUGCAGAUGAAGCUCAUUGUGGUGCGCUGCGUGCGCCCCGACCGGGUGCUGCCGGCGGUGCAGGUCUUCGUGGCGCUGAAGCUGGACCCCAAGUUCGUGGAGCCCCCGCCGUUGGACCUCGAAGCCAUCUACGACGAAACCUCCUGCCUUACCCCGCUGCUGUUUGUGCUGACCCCGGGCAUGGACCCCACGGGCCAGCUCCGGGCGCUGGCGGUGUCGCGGAACGUGCCCUGGCAGACCAUCUCCCUGGGCCAGGGCCAGGAGCCGAAAGCAAUCAAGAUGGUGGCUGAUGGCGCAGAGAAGGGCUUCUGGGUGAUGCUGGCGAAUUGCCAUCUAUGUGUGCACUGGCUGCCUGGCCUGGAGAAGCUCGUUGAGAAGACCUUCGAUCAAGGGCCCCAUGAGCGGUUCCGCAUCUUCCUCUCCUCUUCCCCAACGCCCAAGUUUCCCAUCCAGCUUCUGCAGAACUGCAUCAAGAUGACCACGGAGCCGCCCAAGGGUUUGAAGGCGAACCUGGUGCGCCUGCUACAGAACACUUCCGAGGAGUCCUACAAUCGCGUGAAGGAGGUUCAAAAGUAUCGACGGCUCUUCUUCUCGCUCUGUUGGUUCCACGCUGUGCUCCUGGAGCGCAAGAAGUUCAAGAUGCUGGGCUGGAAUAUCGGAUACGACUUCAACGACUCCGACUUCGACAUUUGCGAGAACAUUUUGGCAAUGUACUUGGACGAGAACCCCAACGAAAUUCCCUGGGACGCCAUCCGGUACCUGAUCGCCGAGGCCAACUACGGGGGGCGCGUCACCGAGCAUCCGGACAACCGUGUGCUCAGGUCCUACGUGACCGAAUUCUUCUGCACAGCAGCGUUGCAGCCAAAAUUCCAGCUGUCGUCCUUGGCCACGUACUACAUUCCAGAGGACGGCAGCCUCCAGAGCUACCGCCAGUAUGUGCAGUCGCUGCCACUCAGCGAGCCUCCGGAGGCGUUUGGGCAGCACACCAACGCGGAGAUCUCCUCCUCGCUGGCGGACACGGACACGCUGCUGCAGACCAUGAUCGAGGUGCGCGGCGGAGGCGGUGCGGCGGCCGGGGGAGACAUCGGCGAGGUGGUGAUGGGCACCUGCAACACGCUGCUGGAGAAGCUGCCGGAGAACCUCGACUGGGAAGAGGUCCGUGACCGGAACGAGGCAGACUCCUCACCCUUGAAGGUGUGUUUGCUGCAGGAGAUCGAGCGCUACAAUGUGCUUCUCUCUGCCGUGCGAAGCUCCAUCAAGACCUUGCAGAAGGGAAUCCAAGGUCUUGUGGUCAUCAGCAAGGAACAAGAAGCGGUGCUCACCUCGCUCUAUGCGGGCACAGUUCCUACCUCCUGGCUUUUCGCAUACCCAAGUCUGAAGCCUUUGAGCAGCUGGAUGCCGGACCUGGCGGAGCGCAUCGAGCAGCUCAACUCCUGGGGCUUCACAGGAGUGCCUAAGGUCUUGUGGCUGGGUGGGCUCACCUACCCCACCAGCUUGCUGACGGCGGUGCUCCAGCAGUCAGCUCGCAAGAACAUGGUUUCUGUUGACACCUUGAACUUCGACUAUGUGGUCCAGACCCAGGACGAGGGCAGCAUCACGGGGCUGCCCAAAGAAGGGGCCUACAUUAAGAGCAUGAUCCUGGAAGGAGCGAAGUGGGACAACAAUGGCGGGUGCCUGGCUGACGCUGACACCAUGGCACUCUUCAACCCCAUGCCCAUCGUGCACUUCAAGCCCGUGGUUCGCAAGAAGGCGUCCAUGGACGGGAUCUACCAGUGUCCGUUGUACCUCUACCCCAUCAGGAGACGGGCACUCGCGAGAGGCCCUCCUUUAUGA